GAAUUUUAGCGCCACCUACUUCACAGAAAUGCAAUUACAUGCAAGCGACCUUUUUCUAUCUCUUUUAUCGUUCUUUCCUUUCGUAACUGUAUAUCCGAAACGAUUGAAAAUAUGGCGGACACAGCUCCAGCCGCCAGAGGUGGCUUCCGUGGAGGUUUUGGCUCACGAGGUGGUACCGGCGACCGCGGUGGACGUGGUGGCCGUGGACGAGGAGGUCGCGGUCGAGGACGCGGACGUGGUCGUGGCAAGGAAGACCAGAAGGAAUGGAUCCCAGUAACCAAGCUGGGUCGUUUGGUGAGAGACGGAAAGAUCCGUUCUCUUGAAGACAUCUAUCUCUUCUCCUUGCCUAUCAAGGAGUUUGAAAUUAUUGAUCAAUUUAUUGGGCCAUCUCUCAAGGAUGAGGUGCUCAAGAUCAUGCCUGUACAGAAACAAACCCGUGCCGGUCAACGUACUCGUUUCAAGGCUUUCGUCGCUAUUGGUGACAGCAACGGCCACAUUGGUCUCGGAGUAAAGUGCUCCAAAGAAGUAGCUACUGCUAUCCGUGGUGCCAUUAUUUUGGCCAAGUUAUCAGUAGUUCCAGUCCGUCGUGGAUACUGGGGUAACAAGAUCGGUAAGCCCCACACCGUACCUUGCAAGGUAACCGGGAAAUGUGGAUCAGUCCAAGUACGUUUGAUCCCGGCUCCGAGAGGUACUGGUAUUGUGUCGGCCCCAGUCCCCAAGAAGCUUUUGCAGAUGGCUGGUAUUGAAGAUUGCUACACCUCUGCUCGUGGUUCCACUUGUACUCUUGGUAACUUCGCCAAGGCUACUUACGCAGCCAUCGCCAAGACCUACGCUUAUCUGACCCCAGAUUUGUGGAAGGAUAUGCCACUCUUGGAGGCUCCUUACCAAGAACACGCUGACUGGUUAUCCAAAAAUCACCGUGCUGUUACUGGUCAAAGAAGUGCUGAUGCUGUUUAAAUAAUUUAAUGGCUAUUCAAUAAACGCCUCAUGAAAUAAA